AAUAAAUAAACUAAAAAACAAAACAAAACAAAAUGCAAACAAAAAAUUUAACCUGUCAAGCCACGUAAAGCGACGCAGGCUUUUUACAGCAGAGCUCAGGAAUCUCUAAUUCUUUCCGGAGCAGCCACAGACACACGUGGUCUUCGGCUGAGCCCAUGGGGUUCCAAUGAUUCACGCAAGAAUAGAAGUUUUGGGGCUGGACCCGAGGAGGGGCCGGAGCCCAUGGGGAGAUGUUCUGAGUGGCCACGGGCAGCCCGAAUAACCUAGCCGCCUCGCCUCGUCAUCACGGCCCUGGCUGCCGGCCAAGCCCCGGGCAGAGUUAAUGACUAACUGGGCUUCCUCCGGGAGGGCGGAAACAGUUCAACUCCUGUGACAGCUGCAGUCAGUUAGGCGUGGUUUUCUUGUCUGACUCGGGCUGUGCAGAUCCCGGCCCGAGGGGCAGAGGAAGGACAGCCUCGCCACCAGAGUCUUCCAGAUGGCCGAGCUGGAUCUCAUGGCUCCAGGGCCACUGCCCGGGAUCAGCGCUCACCCUCUGGCCACUGUCAGCCCAGACUCUGGGUCCACCAGCCCGGCCGAAGAAGAGGACACGGGCUCCCUGGGGAGCCCCCAGGGGGAGCCAGAGGCACAGGACGGCGGCUCUGAAGGGCAGGGGGCUCCAGAUAGCGCUGCUGCUGGGGAGGAAGAGGAGGAGGAGGAGGUCCUAUGUGACUUCUGUCUCGGCACCUGCAGGGUGAAGGCGGUCAAGUCCUGCCUGACCUGCAUGGUGAACUAUUGUGAGGAGCACCUGCGGCCUCACCAGGAGAACAGCAAACUGCACAGCCACCAGCUGACCGAGCCCGUGAAGGACCGGGACCUGCGCACCUGCCCUGCCCACCGCAGCCCGCUGGUCGCCUUCUGCCGCCCCGAUGGGCAGUGCGUCUGCCAGGAGUGCGGCCAGGACGAGCACAGGGGCCACGCCUUGGUCUCCUUGGAUGCCGCCCGCAGGGACAAGGAGGCUGAACUUCGGGACACCCAGUUAGAGCUGGAACAGAAACUCAGGUUGAAUGAAAACGCCAUCACCAGGCUCCAAGCCAACCACAAAUCCGUUUUGGUGUCAGUGUCGGAGGUGAAGGCGGUGGCCGAGGAGCAGUUUGGGGAGCUGCUUGCUGCCGUGAGGAAGGCCCAGACCGACGUGAUGCUCUUCUUGGAGGAGAAGGAGCAAGCCGCCCUGAGCCAGGCCAGCGGCAUCCGGACGCAUCUGGAGCACAGGAGCGCACAGAUGGAGAGGAGGAGGCAGGAGCUGGAGAGCAUUGCCUCCAUCAGUAACACCGCCCUCUUCCUGGAGGAGUACUGCAAGUUUAAGAACACUGAGGACGGUGCCUUCCCGAGUGUUUACAUAGGACUCAAGGAUAAGCUCUCGGGCAUCCGCAAGGUCAUCACAGACUCCACUGUUCACUUAAUCCAGUUGCUACAGAACUACAAGGUCCAGCUCCAGGAUUUCUCCAAGGAAGAGGAAUAUGAUAUCAGAACUCAAGUGUCUGCCGUGGUCCAGCGCAAGUACUGGACCUCAAAACCUGAGCCCAGCACCCGGCACCAGUUCCUCCAGUAUGCAUGUGACAUCUCGUUUGACCCGGACACGGCACACAGGUAUCUCCGGCUGCAGGAGGACAAUCGCAAGGUCACCAACACCACGCCCUGGGAGCAUCCCUACCCGGACCUCCCCAGCAGGUUUGUGCACUGGCGGCAGGUGCUGUCGCAACAGAGCCUGUACCUGCACCGGUACUAUUUUGAGGUAGAGACCUCCGGGGCGGGCACCUAUGUUGGCCUCACCUGCAGAGGCAUCGACCGGAAGGGGGAUGAGCGCAACGGUUGCAUUUCUGGGAACGACUUCUCCUGGAGCCUCCACUGGAAUGGGAAGGAGUUCACAGCCUGGCACAGUGACACGGAGACCCCGCUCAAAGCCCGACCUUUCCGGAGGCUGGGGAUCUACGUCGACUUUCCGGGAGGGAUCCUGUCCUUCUACGGCGUGGAGUCUGACGCCAUGACUCUGGUUCACAAGUUUGAGUGCAAGUUUUCGGAGCCGGUCUACCCUGCCUUCUGGCUUUCCAAGAAGGAAAACGCCAUCCGGAUCAUAGAUCUGGGAGAGGAGCCCGAGAAGCCAAUGCCAACUUCAGUGCAGGCUGCUCCCUAGACUCCAGCCUCCGUCCCUCAGACUCUUACUGACCACAAAAGACGGGACAGCGGCUUGCGUCUUAAGGGUGGCCCCGGGGAUGGAAAUCUCCACCAGAGGAGAAAGGUCUCUGGCUUCUCCCUCCUGCUCCCUGCUGUGCUGUUCUCUCUGUUUGCAGUAAUCCCUAAGCACCUGCCUCCUCUUUCUCACCUUCUAGUGAUAGUCUCCUGUCUGCUCAGGUGCCUAGAUUCAGUAGCCGGGAACCUUCAGAGUGAUCCCAAAAGAUUGCAGAGUAAUCAGAAUAGAUCGCAAGCUCUGUGUUGCA